AUGAGGGAAGGGUCAUUCAAAAAAGACCCACCAAAGAGCAGACUUCCUCCAGGCACAAUUAAAAGAAACGUGUUUUUGUUUGGUAAAAUUGGUACUAAAAUCACACAACAAAAUAAGGAUUUGGACAAACAUGUAAAUCGUUUGAAACAAGUUGUUGGCGAAACGGAACGAAAAACUCAAAAAACCUUUCAAGUUGUCAAAAAGAUUGAAGUGGCGGAAUGUAACAACAAAAACGGGGAAAAUUUCAAGGAUAAGCAAGACCAAGUUGUCGGACAAAGUGAGAGUCAGAGCUCGACAAAUGUCGUCAUCCGAAAAUCAGACGAGAAGAAACAGAGUCUAUCUGAACAAAAAAAAUCGGAAAAAGAAGCUCCUUCAGUCUCGGAGUCUUGUGGUGCAUUGGAGAAUGUAGACAACUCUUCAGAUAUUCAAAGAGGAGUCAUGGAGAGUCCUGAAGAGAAAAAGACAUACAAGCAGUCAACAAAGCCAAGAAAAAUGAAAAAAACAAAUAAACCGACACGACCAACUCGGAGAGUGAUGCUCGAAGUCGCAAGGAAGAGGUGGGACUAUUUACAGCGGAUGAACAUGUUGCCUUCAAGAAGAUUCAAAAGAAAAGUAAAGCCAAUGUUAGCAAACACGGUUCCUUAUUAUUUGUACAGUCCUGGAAUGACAAUGGGGAAGCUCGAACUCGAGAUUGAGAACGACUUGUAUUCACAAAGAAAGACAACUCUUGACGAUGUUGACUUUGUUGACUCCGAGUUGUUGGACUCUGACCAAAGUUCUGAAGAUGUACAAUUUAUUGCAUAA